AAAAGAGCACAUUAGGACCAACACCUAAAGAAUCCAUUAGAGAUGCGUUCGCAGAUAACUAUCUUCCUCGCCGUCGCGGCUUUCGUUUCAACUGCCUGGGCAGCGUCUGGUCCUGCCGCAACUCCGCCCGCUGAUCCUGCUACUCCUCCGGCUACUGAUCCUGCCACUCCUCCGGCUACUGAUCCUGCCACUCCUCCGGCCACUGAUCCCGCCACGCCCACUACUCCAACUACUCCCACUACUCCCUCCGCAUCCGAUAGCAGCACCACCGCACCCACCACCGUGGCUCCCACCACCAAAAAACCAAGUGAGAAGAAGAAGAAGGUUGUCCACUACAAGAAGAAGACCCACAAGCCGAUCAGACGCCGCAGGAUCCGCCACUCAAGCGAAGGCAAGAGGAAGAAUCGAUCGCGUCGGGACUAAGAAGGACACCUCAUUUUGAACACCGUUGAACAUUUUGAAGACCCUGAAAAUCUACUAGAACGACCCACAAGAACAGUUUUAAACCAACUGCUACUUUACUAUUAUUAUGUUGUUAUCAUAUUAUUAAGAAAUUAAAUGCUUAUUUUAUAAAAGGAGUUUGAAGAUUUUGUUAUUUAAAAGUAGAAUUACUUAAAUGCAAGCUAAGGUCCAUUCAUUCAUUUUUUUAAAUAUCUUUACCCGUAUAUGAGUUUAUAAUAUAAUUUUAUCGUUUCAUCUGAUUUAUAGCAACUAACAAUACUUCAUUCAAAUAUUUCCUGAUGCUUGACUAUUUUAGUCCAGAAUAAGUCAAAAAAUUAAGUUAAUCGCAGACACUAAGGUUUGUAGCAAAGAGGCAAGGCAAUAACCAUUAAGCCAAGUGCCUCGACUAUCAGAUACCCGUUAAAAGCGACACUUUGUCUUUCAAUCUUUGGAAUGACUAGAAACUUCAUCCAUCAAUCAAAAUUAGUUGAAGUUCACAAUAUCUCGACGUUUAUACGGACAGUCGGACGGACGGACAGACGGAAAUGUCCGUCUAGCUUCGACUAGUGAUUCAGAUCGAGAAUAUACUAUAUAUGUUCGAAAACGAUCUAGUAUGCAUAAAUUUCCUUUUACUAUGCGAUAAUUUAGGCAUCAAAAAAGGUAUUCUUUUGAGAAUAUCAAAGCGUCAUUUAAUCUUGGGGGUAAUAUAAAAAUAAGAAUAAUAGGAAAUGAAGA